UAUUUUUUUUAUUAAAACUCAUGAAUGACAUGGUAUAUCAACCAGAGCGCGCAUGCGUAUUGCGUAGUAUUUAGAUGAAUUCAAUUUUCAAAAAGACCGUUAUCAUAUAUAUACAUUUAUCUGGUAUCAACACCUUUGUCACAGUAAACAAUUCGUUUGAAUUAUUGAUAAUUGUUAUGAUUUCAUUUUCUUUUAUAAGUUUUCAGUGACAUAGAAUUAUAUUUUACCCUUUAUAAUUAUUUUAAUUCGGAUCGAGCCUGAUAAUUUAUAACUAUUCUAAAAUGACAAAAUAUUUUAACAUAGAAAUUGAUAAUAUGACUCUGGAUAAUAAUUUAAUUAUGAGUAAUAAUUGUGCAACUAUAGAAAGUGAAAUAAAAAGUCUUGGUACAAAAAUGUUUAAAUUGUAUGAUCAAAAAAUGAAUGAAUAUUUGAAACUAUCUAAAAUGGUACAAGAAAUAAAAAAUAAUGUACAAUUAAAACGUGAAAAACUGAAAUCAAUAAUGGAGAAAGUAGAAUCGAGUCAACAGUCCCUACAAACAGAAAAUGAGCAUUUUGAAGCUGUUGUUGAAGAGUGUAAACAUUUAGAAAUUGAAAAAAAAGAAUUAUUAAAUUUGAUAGCGCAGAGAAAAGAAGAAUUAAAUUUAAUAUCAAAAGAUAAAAAAGAAAUAAUCAAAAAUCUUAAGAAAGAAAUAAAGUCUUUUAAUACUGGUGUUACGAUCUAUGAAAGAUUUACACAAUUAGACAUGAAAAUAAGUUAUAAAGAAAAAUUUAAUUCAAUUGAAAUUUAUGUAAAAAAUAUGCACAAUCACAAUGUUUAUACUGCCAUUUUUGAAGAAGACAAUAAUACAUAUCAUUUUUUAAACAUUUCUCCACGUAAUGAAGUUAUUAUCAAAGCCGAGAAAUUAUAUAAACAAAACCAGGAUGUACAAGGUCUAUUAGCAUACUUGAGUAUGUCAAAACAAUUAGCUGGAUAAUAUUUUAUAAUAAAAUUAUAAUAUCCUAUUACUAAACAUAUCACAACUAAUAAUUUAUAAGAAUAUUUUUCAAUAUGAUGAUUGUGUCUUAUUUUUUUACAAACAAGAAUUAAAAAAAGAACCUGUAUAAUUUAGUUUUUUUUUUUAAUAUUUUUGUUUUAUAUUUAUUAUAUAGGCAUUUUCUUUUAAUGUAUAUGUAAAUAUUUUUUAAAUAUUGAUGUAAGAUUAUUUUAUAUGGUGUUGCAAAAUACAAUUUAACAAUUCGAUUUUUAAUGACCUAAAGUAAAUAAAAAUGUUAUCAAACGAUUUAUCUAAGUAUAACAUCAUAACUGUCAAAAUUAUUUUGAAGGUUUUUCAAUAAUCAUACAUUUUCUACAUUACUUUUUGUAGUAUACUAAUAAAAUUAAUCAGUAUUAGUAUUCUUCAUAAUGCCAGAAAAUAUAAAUGUUAUAGUUGAAGAAGUGUCACCAUAUUUGCAUCUAUCCACAGACAGUAAUAAUGCUAUUAAGAACAUAUCUGGAUUUGUGGGAGAAAUUUGGAAUAUUAUUGAAAAUCAGUUAUCAUUCAAGUCCAACUACACAAUAGCACAAUUUCCCGAAGGCAGGGCUUUAAUUCAUUCUGGCGAAGCUGAUAUAAUGCUGAUACCAAUGGUUAUCACAGCAACAGAUGUGGACGAGUUCGACUUUACUAUUCCGUUUUUCAAGAGCUGGUAUGAACUUUACUCAAAACAUACAGUUAACAGGGCUACGUCCAUGUCUUAUCUGGUUACUUGGAGCCCGGGAGUCUGGUUAGCAUUUGCGUUGACUACGCUACUUAUAGCCGCAUGUGGAUGGCUGGUGAUGAAAGUCAGGUCCUAUACAAGUACUUCACGACAUGACUCUGAAAUUCCCAAUAUCAUAUCGUGCGUAUUCAUCGUAUGGGGUUCGAUUUGUAGCCAAGGAAUGCAAGCUUUUAACACAGCCUGUUCCGUAAGGACUUUAGCGUGGGUGACUUUAGGGUUUGGACUGUGUAUGAGUACGGCGUACUCGGCCGUACUGUUCUCUCGGUUAGCCGUAGGGAAAAAUGAAAAAGCAGUGCCAUCAUUGGAAGCCGCAGCGUACUCGACCACACUGUCUUUGUGUGUCCGUCGGCAUAGUUUUGCCUUUGUUGGUUUUAAAGUAAAUGAAGACGAUGAGUUUAUUACGGAAAAGUGGAGAAAAGUGGUGAAUAAACCGCCGUGCUAUGCUCAAGAUGAGAACGCCAGUAAAAUGGCCAAGAUGGUUUGCAAGGAUAACGUAUUGGUACUGGAGACUCCCAACAUAAUGGCUCAAUCUAUGUUCGAACAAGGAGGUUGUAGAGUAGUUUCCCUUGCCGGCAAGAUGUCAAUAACUCAAGUUUCACUUCUCACGAAAAAAAAAUUCCGCUAUUUAUCUCAAAUAAACGAAAUACUUUUAAGACUGUUGACCUCUGGUGUACUGAACUACCUUCAAAAUAAAUGGGUACCUAAGGAGUUCCCUGAAACAUUUUUCACGCCUCAAGACAUUUCAGUAACCUUGAGCCACGUGGAAGGGUUACUUUUUGGUUUCUUCAUUGCUGUUAUGCUCUCAGUGGUCGUCCUGAUGAUCGAACAUAUUGUUGCCAAAUACAACACGUACAAAACCAAAAGCUUCUUUAACACACGUAUUUUACGAAGUAUGGGUAACCCUUUUAGAUUUCAAAACAAAGCGGCCAUGAAUCGUCCGACAAAAUUUUCACGAGAAUUUACGUACGUCGACGUACCAAUUGUCACCAGCCAUAAAUAAAUAAAUAGUUGUUUUCAAAGUCAGAUAUGAAAAGUAUUGCUGUAGAGCUUAAAUAUCAAAUGUACGAUAUUAUUGCACGUUAAUAAUUUGUAAAGCCCAAUUACAUUUUACCUUCAAUAUACGAUGAUGCCUUAAAUGUCAAAAAUGAAUUGCUAAUCUUCGUAAUCAGUAAAGCUGUUUUUGUUUUCUAUGCAUAUAUAUGUAGCACAUGUAAUAAUAUACAGUGUCUCGACUUGGCUCAUGUUUGGGUCACUAGCAUAUAAUUUUCUAAAAUAGUAUUCAAGAAUUCAUCAUGAAGAGAGGAAGGGUUUUUUGACAAUCUUCAAAUAUCAGAACAGUGGGAGCAUCACUACUACUCCACAUUAGGAGGUGCGAAGGAACUUGAGAAUUAUUAAUUAAUAUUUAAAAAUAUUCAAGGACAGCCGGCGAUUACUGAAUAGCGAGUGGGCCAGGUCGACUCUGAAUUUACACAUAUUUUUCGUCCCUUUUUUUUCAUAAUUAAUGAGAAUUCUUAUACUAUGUAAAAAUAAUAUUUUUUAUAAUUUGUUUUUAAUAACAAAAAUAAAUAAAAAAAUGUAUAACUUUU